AUGGGCAGCGGCAGCAGCCGGCGGCGGGGGCCCGCGGGCAGAGCGGGGCAGAGCCGGGACCUGCCGGGGACCGCGCCGGCCGACGGCGAGGGGGCGGCGGCACCGCCCGGCCCCGGCCGCCGAGCCCCGGCCGCCGGCGGCAGCAGCGCGGAGGCGGCGGGAGGCGGCGGCGGGGCCCCGCUCCAGCAGGCGGCUUUGUCAACCAGAAGCCCACCAGGCACAGAGAACAACAACCUUGACCAGCAGUGCCCAGAAAACAGCAAGAAGGGUUUGGGGCAGCCCACAAUACUGUAUGAUUACUCGGAGGAGGAGCUGAUGGCCAGCAUCGAGCGGGAGUACUGCCGCUGAGCCCACCGCGGAACGGCAGGCACAGCCUGGAGCCCAGUGAGCAGAGCUGCUGUGACACCACAACUGCACGGAGAGGGGGCUGCUGGAGGGCACUGGAGUUGAGGGGCUGCUUGGGAAUAACUGAGGAGAAAGUUCACCGAUCAGCUCCCAGUGAGAGCAGGAAGAUCCUCACCAGCUGCUGAUUUCUGAUUGGUGCCACUGUAAGAGGAAUCAAUUAAUCUUAAGAAUCGAUAUUUAGAAGCUCAUUUCUAAAUGCUAUUUUUAAAUGAACAUGUACUAGAAUGUGUCAUACUAGAGGUGUUGAAAUGGGGUGCUUUGAAGGAAUCUUUGAACCUAGUAAAAUCUUGCAGCAAUAUCAUCUGAUCCAGAACUUAAGGGGAUGUUGAAUGAAAUUAAUGUUUCUGCCACCUAAAAUGUGCCAAAUUGCACUUGUGCAAGCCUCAGGUUCAGGUCUGAGUUUGAUACUGUCUCUUUCAAUCUGGUCCCAGUCUGGCCCCCAGUAUGGGAGAUGAAAAGGGGAUUGAGCCCACCAUCUAGCGCAUGGGCAGUUUUUUCAAUCGUAAAAAACAUUUCCCCUCAAACCACGACAUUCCAGAGUUCAAAUCCCACCACACUGCCAAAUUAGGCUCCUGGGAGCCAUCAGUGAGUACAGGAUUUGUGUGAUCCCUUUGGGGCAGGGUCCCAGCAUAGGUGUCCUACCUGGGCAUAGAUCCAUCCCAGUGAUGGGAGUGAAAGCAGGAGGCACAUCCCCAUUUCAGUCAUCCUCCUCAAAGGGUAUUUGCAUGCUCUUGUAGAGCAGCUGUUUGGGAUCAGUUUUCAGAAUUGCUGCUCCUAGCCCUUCCCUAAUAUUUCUUGUCCUACAAGAAAAAUCACUGCAUUUUACCAUUAGCUGACUGCAAAGUAAACCAGAAAGUUCUCUCUUCUAAGGAGAUAGUAUUUGCAGUGCUCCCAGACAGGGAAGCCUGGUAUUUUGGGUGUCUGCUUUUAUUAUAUCUGCAUGUUAACGUAUUAUGAGUAUCUGCUUAUUAUCAGAAGUAGAAAAAUACUUUAUUUCUAUCUUCUGCUGAAGCAUAAAAGGCAUCAGAUGAAAUUUUCACUGCAUGUAAAUGCAAGAAAAAGCUGCAGGUCACCUCUUAAGAUGCUGUAUUUUAAGUACUUUAUGAUUCCUAGGACCUGUGAAACAAAUAAAUGCACCUAUACUCUGAA